AUGGCGCCUUCCUUGUCGCCCUGGGUUACUAUGCGGCCCCUGGUGCAGACCUGGGUGCGGGGCAGAUGCACCUUAUGGGGGGCUCGGGCAGCCUCUGCAGCCGCUGUUGGCUCUGCCCCUGCGACUGUCCCCGGGAGGCCCCCUCGGAAAGCUUAUACAGUUCAGAGCACAGAAAGUGUGUCUGCAAACAGCUUAACAGAUGGUUUUUCAAAAGCUUUGGCUGGUUGCAAUGGACCAUUGGAGCACUAUGAUUUCUUAAUCAAGGCUAAUGAGCUAAAAGAGGAUGAACACCAGAGAAGAGUUAUCCAGAGUCUGCAGAAGUUACACGAGAGCCUUAAAGGAUACCAUAUUGGAUCUAAAGGCCUUUUUUCAAAGCUUUUUACAAAGAGAAAACCUCCAAAAGGCCUCUAUGUCUAUGGAGAUGUAGGUACAGGAAAGACAAUGGUGAUGGACAUGUUUUAUGCUUACACAGAAGUGGAGAGGAAAAAGAGAGUCCAUUUUCAUGGCUUCAUGCUAGAUGUACACAAAAGAAUACAUCGCCUUAAACAGAGUUUGCCAAAACGGAAACCAGGAUUAAUGGCCAAAUCAUACGAUCCAAUAGCUCCUAUAGCUGAAGAAAUUAGUGAAGAUGCAUGUCUCUUAUGUUUUGAUGAAUUUCAGGUCACUGACAUUGCUGAUGCCAUGAUUCUGAAGCAGCUUUUUGAAAAUCUGUUCAAAAAUGGGGUCGUCGUUGUGGCAACAUCCAACAGGCCACCUGAAGACCUCUAUAAAAAUGGACUCCAGCGGGCUAACUUUGUGCCAUUCAUUGCUGUCCUAAAGAAAUAUUGCAACACAAUUCAAUUGGAUUCUGGAACAGACUAUCGGAAAAGGGCACUUCCUGCCGCUGGAAAACUCUACUACCUCACAAGUGAAGCUGAUGUGGAGGCUGUCAUGGAUAAGUUGUUUGAUGAGCUGGCUCAAAAACAAAAUGAUUUAACUAGACCAAGGAUUCUGAAAGUGCAAGGCAGAGAGCUGAGGCUGAAUAAAGCUUGUGGAACCAUUGCCGACUGCACAUUUGAAGAGCUGUGUGACAAACCUCUUGGAGCCAGUGACUAUUUGGAACUAUCAAAGAAUUACGAUACAGUUCUUUUACGAAACAUACCUCAAUUUACACUGGCUAACCGGUCCCAAGCACGACGAUUCAUAACUCUUAUUGACAACUUUUACGAAUUUAAGGUACGCAUCAUUUGUUCCGCAUCCAGUCCUCUGUCAAGCCUGUUUUUGCAUCAACAUCAUGACAGUGAGUCGGAGCAGAGCAGGAUCCUGAUGGAUGAUUUGGGGCUGAGCCAGGGUUCAGCUGAAUCACUUUCUAUGUUUACGGGAGAAGAGGAAAUCUUUGCAUUUCAGCGAACAAUCUCCCGACUCACAGAAAUGCAAACCGAACAAUAUUGGAAUGAUGGUGACAGAAGCAAGAAGUGAUUCUCACUUACAGAUGAUUAAAGCUCAGGACAAAUGUGGAUGCAUUGGAGGGAAAGCUUUAUUGUGGAAAUUAAACUAAUUAUUUUUCCACUGGUGUAUAGAUUUAUUAUGCACUUUAUCCUUUGGACCAUAGAUUCUAUAUCUCAAGUUCCUUUCAAAGAAUGCAUGGAUUAAUAAGUUAAAAUUUUUACAGCUUCAUAUUUUUAAUAUUUAUUUUGACCUUUAUUCCAUCAAAAAAAUUAAAAUCCAUGUGUUUGAAGAUUAUUAGUAACAGACUUUUUAGCUAUAUGUAAAGCCACACCACGUGAAAAGGGAAUUGGCUCCUGUUCCAUGCUGAAACUAUAUAAGAAUAUGUCUUUAAUGAAAGAAAAAACCACUUACAAAAGUAGAAGGCUUUGUACCAAAAUCUAUCAAUUAGGGGCAAUAAAAUUCUGAGUUUAUGUAUGCGUAUUACGACACUUGAAUUGUAAUAAACCUGUAAUUACCUUCUAA